GUGUUGAGAGCAACUGGUGGGUUUUGAAGGGUGUGUUCAGGACUUCAUCGAUACAUCGGAAUGAGGGAAGUCUGGGAAGACAUGAUUCGCGUUUCAGCAAAUCUGAGUGGAUGAGGGUACACACCCACGGGUUUAGCGGACUAAUGGGACGCUGAAAUUGUGAUGCCUUUAUGACGUCCUUGUGAGAUGUGACUAGGAGGAAAAGAUUACCCUACCAGUUUUCGUGAGAUUCUAGCUGAAUUCGUCACAUGCACGGGAGAGGAGAGGGAGAGGAGAGAAACGGAUAGACAGGAGAACAGACAGAGCCAAACCUUCCACAAUGAGAGGGAUUCUUUAGUGGAGGUGUGAAAGCAGUGCUCUAACUAAAGACUAGAUGUCUAGGGGCCCAGGUUCAGCGAUGAGUGGUCUUGAGAAGAAUCCAUCAGGGUGGAGCAAGCCCACCCACUCACGGAGCAGCAGCACUGUCUCCUCCCGCCACUCUCAUCAGAACGCCAAGGACUGGGAAGUGAUGGAUGACAUUCAGAUGUUCUCUGGUGGAGAGGCUCACACAGAUAUGACCGUGCCAGGCGUCUGUGAGGGCUAUUUGAUGAAGAGAAGGAAGAGGCCCCUCAAUGGCUGGCACAAGAGGUACUUUGUGUUGGACAAGGGAAUCCUCAAGUACUCCAAAACCCCGCAAGAUAUUGCAAGGGGGAAACUGCAUGGUUCAUUGGAUGUCAGCCUGGCAGUCAUGUCGAUCAAUCAGAAAUCAAAGCGCAUUGACCUCGAUGCAGGGCACAGUCUGUAUCACGUGAAGGCAAAGACCCAGGAUCUGUUCUACAUCUGGGCGACGAAGCUGAGCGCCCACCGCGUGUUUAAGAAGAACGAGGCUGUGCACAUGCACAAUGGGUUUCUGCAGGCACUGUCGCAGGGGGGCAACGUGCUGCCGUCCGCCACCAGCCUUAUGCAGCGCAAUGGCGGCUUACCAGAAGGGUCUUCCUGCACUCAAUUUAAGAGCACUGCAUCCACACUGAAUGAAGCAGCUCCCCCAGUGGAGGAAAUGCCCACUGCAAGCCGAGCUGUCAACAGCAAGGUCGCUGCGUGGCUGCAACAGACUCAGGAUACUGACUGCUGUUUCCAAGAGCUGAAUCGCUGCCAGAAUGAUCUGACGGAGCUGAACCAGCUGGUGCAGAGGCUGCAGGCCCUGGAGGGAGGGGACCAGCCCUUCAACAAUGGCGAGCUCCAGCGCAUCAUCAGCAUGCAGAAUCUGACCCUUGAGAAACCCAAGAAGAAGUCCAACAAGGUCUGGGGACACUCACGUACACUGUCCCGGUUCGAGGCUCUUGGGGUGAUGUCAUCCAGUCAGCUGGGCAGCUCCUCACUGGGUACCUCGGUCCCGUCCAUCCCCGAAUACGUACACUCCCAGAUGUCCUCUCCCAGCACCAACUCCCCCGAGGCAAAGAAGAUCCAGCAGGACAUCUGCACCGUGUCCCAGAGGGUACAUGUGUCUCUGAAGUCUGUACAUGACACCCUGGUCCUGGAGCGUCAGAGGCUGAGGGAGGCCUGGAGGAGCCCUGAACUGCACCAGUCCACCUCCAACCAGCUAGCCAGUCUAUGCACUGCUCUCUCUGAGUUGGAGAUGAAAUCCCGUCUGACGAAAGUCCACUCCCAGUCCUUGACCUCGGACUCCUCAGAUGAGUCCUUCAGCACUGUCCGCCCGGAGCAGCAGGAUCCCUUCCCAACUAGCAGGCAAUCUUCUAAACGGCACUCAUGCCGCCGGGCCCCCUCAAUGGCUGAGUCUACAACAGAGUACUUUGACGCUUAUGACACCGUCCUGUGCGAGACUUACUCUGAGGCGUCAGACGAGUCAGGACUGAGCGAUGACACCACAAGCAACUCUGAGCUGGAGGAACACCAUGCAAUUGCAACAGCGGCCACUCUGAAGUACCGUGCCAGUAUCUCCACUUCGACAAACGUGCCCAUUCGUGUCCCCAAGGACACUGGCCGCCGCACCACCCUGCCCGCCCCGUGCCCCGACAACAGCCACAUUGGUCUGAUGACCAUCCUCUACAACAACAUUGGAAAGGACCUGUCGCGUGUGUCCAUGCCCAUUCCACUCAACGAGCCAGUCUGCCUACUGCAAAGGCUCUGUGAGGAACUGGAGUACUAUGAGCUGCUGGACACCGCCAGCCAAACAGACGACCCCUACCAGAGAAUGGUGUACAUUGCUGCCUUUGCCAUCUCUGGUUAUGCCACCGCUCGCUACCGCAACAGAUACAAACCCUUCAACCCCAUCCUGGGAGAGACCUUUGAAUGCAUACGGGAGGACAUGGGCUUCCGUUACAUCAGUGAACAGGUAUGCCACCAUCCCCCCAUUUCUGCCUGCCAUGCUGAUGCAGAGAACUUCUCAUUCUGGCAAGACCAGCGUUGGAAGAACAAAUUCUGGGGUAAAUCACUGGAGAUCAUGCCAACAGGGAUGGUGAAUGUCACUCUUCCCAAGUUCAAUGACCACUAUGAGUGGAACAAAGUGGUCACGUGCAUUCACAACGUAUUGAGUCAACAGCGUUACCUCGAGCACUAUGGCGAUAUCAUAAUCCACAACCUGAACAACAGUGUCUGCACCUGCAAGAUCACCUUCGUCAAGUCUCGUUACUGGGGCUCAGACAAUCACACGAACGAGGUACAAGGGACAGUUCUUGAUCAGGCCGGCAAUGUUGUCCACCGGUUUGGGGGUCUGUGGCAUGAGGGCAUCUUUUGCGACACCCUGCCCAUACCACAAUGCAUCUGGAAACCAAACCCUCAGCCCAGUGAAAGUUUCACAUACUAUGGCUUCUCGAGAUUUGCAAUGGAGAUGAACGAGCUCCCCCCCAAGCUGCUCCCCCUGUUGCCGCCCACAGACACCCGUCUGCGCCCAGACCAGAGGAUGUUGGAAGAAGGGAAGCUGGAUGAGGCAGAGAAGAAGAAGGAUGAAGUAGAGAACAAGCAGAGGGACCGGCGGAAGGAUAUGGGCAAAAAGGGGGAGGAGCACAUCCCUCGCUUUUUCAGGAAAGCCGUUGAUGCAGCUGGACGGGAUGUAUGGAUAACAAAUGGAACGUACUGGAAACUCCGUGAGAACCCCGGAUUUGCCAACACGACAAACCUAGAUCUGUGGUAAACAGCAAAUUUGGGACUGCCACCACGGGCGUAAGACAGACAUUUGCGUACCAUAACAAUAAUGACUGUUCUUAUCCGGCUCCAUAAUAUUAGCCACGCCUGCAACAAGAACCCCGGAACGUGAUACGUGUGGCACUUUUUUCAGCAUGCCUUGGGCUACCCAAUGACUUGCUGAUCAGGAAGACUCAAAGGCUUUUCGAUGCUUCUUGUCUUCAUUUUAUUUUCAAGGAACAUGUAUUUUCCUCAGUGCAGUGACACUGAUGUACCCUCUAUGGCAGCAAGAUUCUGCAUCCAGACUGUAAUAGAACUGAAUUGGAUGAUGCUGGUCAGAAGAUGGGAAGAUGGUGAAGGGAUACACUGCAGUACACUUCCACUUGGAAUGGAAAUAUUAUGUGCAUGGCAGUAAAUAGCCAGUCAAAGAAAGAAAUGUUUUCUUUUAAGACCAGUUUUAUAAGAUGUUUUUACUAAGAUUAUUUUAAGUCUACUUUUUGAAUGUAUUCUUGCAUAUUUAGCUUGGUAUUUUGGGCUCCUGUUUGUAAAUGUGUGGGACUAUUAUAAUAUUGAGAGAAGCUGUAAGCAGAUGAUUAUAUUUGGGGUAAAAAAGGUUUAGUGUUUACAGAGUUAAAGGGAGACUGAUGGAAUCCUUUAAAAUUUUACUGUGGAUCUUUAGGGAGCUUCAGGGAGCUACAGUAUAGUUAUUUUUUGUGUGCUUUUGAAAGCACCUACUAGUAACUCCUUACUUUACUCAAAAAUAUUAGUUGUCUGAUUACGGCACGUCUUCUGUCAAUUGACCAUAGGAGAGUACCUUGGAAAUCUAGUAUACAAUUUGUCUGCAGUCAAAGUAGAAUGAAUAUUUAUGUUGAUAUUUUUUUAUAAUUUUAGUGGGGAAAUGUCUUGAGAAUUGCAUUUAUUUGGCAUGCUGAAGCAGUUUUAUUGAUGUUACAUAGGAGCAGCAACAGGGAAAGAUAACAAUAUUAGACUGUUAAACAUAUGGAUGGCCUAAUAAUUAUGGAGAAGUCUCAAGUUUCAGUGUGUAGAGCAGAUGUCAGUAUGUACUCUAAUAAAUAAAAAUAAAAAACUUUAAAUCAAA